AGCAGAGAUUCCGGCAGCGGAAAAAAAAGAUCGCCGGCCAAGUCCAUCACUAUGGAAUUUGGCGAAUGGGGAACUAGGGUUCCAUCUCAGUUGGCGCCAAAAUAAAAUUGGGUUUUCUUCAUAUGAAAUCCAACGCUACUUCAAAUUAUUCCUUCAAAGAUUUCCUUUUUUUUUUUUUCUUUUUCUUCUCCAAUGAUUCCAUUACAAUUCAGACAAAAAUAUUAAUUCAAAGGGCUCGAUUCUAUCCGUAACAAUUUCAUUGAUUCAUACACACUAAAAGCCCUAGACUUGAGCAGAACUUUUGCCGCCAUUCCGAAACCAUUUAGAUGCAACCCCUUGCUUUCUCUCAGAUCUCUGUAAGAUUCAUCUCUCAGCUACUAAGCAGACGCCCCCGCAUCUCUCAAAUUAAGCAGAUUCAUGCGCAGAUCAUCGUUCGAUCACUCGCAUCGGCACGCCUUUCUUUGAUCGAUUCGCUCAUUCACUGUUAUCUUCACUCCAAGAGCUUUAAUUCUGCGAGAAUCUUGUUCGAUAACUAUCGGUCGUCGCCGCCCCCGCCGAUUCUGCUAUGGAAUCUCAUGAUGCGCGCUUACUCGAAGCUCCAGCAUUCUUCAGAGCCCAUCAACCUUUUCCGUCAAAUGAUCAACACUCAAGCAAAACCCGACGAUUACACAUUCACUUUCGUGAUCACUUCCUGCGCUCACCAAGAUUCGGUUGUGUGUGGGCGAAUCAUUCACGGGAUGGCGCUAAAGAAUGGGACUUUCUUGAACUUAUACGUGGCUAACUCCUUGAUUGGUAUGUAUGCUGCUUUCGAGAGGGUGCAGGAUGCACGUGACGUGUUCGGAGAAAUGUCUGAGACAGACGUGUUUUCAUGGACUAGUUUAGUGUCUGCGUAUGCUAAGAAUCGAGAUAUGCGGAAAGCAGGUGAGGUUUUUUGUAAAAUGCCGGUGAGAAAUGAUGUUUCUUGGGCUGUGAUGAUUUCAGGUUUCGUUAGGUCUGGAAGGUACACUGAGGCCCUUAGGUAUUUCCAUGAUAUGUUUCGUGAAUUCGAGCCUAAUGAAGCUGUUCUUGUCUGUGCUCUCUCUGCCUGUGCUAAUCUCGGGUCUUUGGAUCAAGGAAAGUGGAUUCAUGGCUAUGUUGAUAGCACUCCUUCUUCACAAAGUUCGAAUGCUAUGACUGCACUUAUUGAUAUGUAUGCCAAGUGUGGGAGAAUAGAUUGUGCAUAUCGAGUUUUUGACAAGAUCAUGAGACCAGACAUUCACAAUUAUACUAGUUUGAUAUCAGGUUUAUCCAUCCAUGGGCUUGGUGAGGAAGCUAUUCGCGUAUUUCAGCGAAUGUUAGCUGAAAAGUUGAGCCCUAAUGAGAUCACUGUUUUGGGGGUUCUCAAUGGAUGCAGCCAUUCAGGUCUUGUGCAGCAGGGCUCAUCAAUUUUUUACAGCAUGGAGAGCUCGUGGGGGGUCGUGCCUAAGAUUGAGCACUAUGGUUGUUAUGUCGAUUUGCUUGGCCGUGCUGGCUAUCUGGCGAAGGCGUUUGGAAUAGCCAAGAGCAUGCCUUUUAAUCCGGAUGUGGUUGUAUGGAGGGCUUUACUUAGUGCCUGCAGAAUUCACUCUAAUCUUAGUUUUGGAGAGCGCAUAAUCAGUUAUCUUGAGCAACUUGACAGUGGGAGUUUUUCUGGAACUAAUGUACUGCUCUCCAACUUGUAUGCUUCUCUUGGUAAAUGGGAAAAAGUGACUCAAGUUCGGAAGGUGAUGGGGAAGCAGAUGAAUCCAGCAGGUAUCGGAUGUAGUUGGAUAGAGGUGGGCGGUGUUGUUCAUGAGUUCCGAGUUGCUGAUGUGCUUCAUCCUCAGAUAGUUGAGAUUCGAGAGAAGUUGGGUGAGAUAUUGAAGAGGGUAGGGGUGGUUGGUUAUGCUGCUGAUGCCACACAUGUCUCGUUUGAUCUAAACGAGGAGGAUAGAGAGCAGGCGGUGGCUUGGCAUAGUGAGAAGCUAGCAGUUGCUUUUGGGCUCAUGAGUAGUGUUUCUGGUGCUUCUAUUCGAAUAAUGAAGAAUCUGAGGACAUGUGAGGACUGCCAUGCAGUUCUGAAGGCCAUCUCCAAAGUUUAUGAUAGAGAAAUCGUAGUUAGAGAUCGAGCUCGUUUCCACACUUUUAAACAAGGCAAGUGUUCGUGUAAGGACUACUGGUAGUGGUCAGUUAUCUAACAUCAGAAUUGAUUUUAUAAGAUUUUAUCAGCCUCUUCUGCCUGAACCUGUAGCUGAUUUUCAAUAUUCAUCUUAUGGAGAGACGAUGAUCUAGGCUUCGUUUGGAGUUGUUUGGCAUGCCCGUGAGACGUCUACAACGAUGUUGAGUCAAUCCAGAAAAUGGUAUCCUGUGCAUGCUCUUGAGAUUUGGUGCUCUUUCAUUGAAGAAUGUCAUCUCUCUGUUGCAUGGUAUAUUUAGAUGAACUCAAUGUAGAUAUUUAGAUGUUUGAAUUCUUAAAGAUUUUAUUAUGCUAUUAUAUGCCUUUUUUCAUUUGUAGUAUAUUAGCCUUUGAUAGAGUAUGAAGCUGAUCUGCUCUAGGCGAUGAACUCAAUGUACAUUAGCUGUUUAAUUUAAAUUCUUAGAGAUUGUGACAGAAGUUGUCAUUACUCAGAAAUUUUUGUUUA